CCACUACGGAGCACUGCUGGGAUGGAACGGGAAACAUCCCGCCUAGCGGCAUCCACUUCAGCCUCGUCCGGUGGAGAUGGCCCAAAGGCAUCUGUUUAUUUAUUUGGCCAGUUUCUCUAACAAUUGUCCAGCAGAAUCAAAACCUCGUUCACAAUGUUAGCACCUCGACGCAAAACACGCACGACAAAGUCCAAGACAGGAUGUCGUACCUGUCGAGCUCGCCGUAUCAAGUGUGAUGAACUGCCUGGAGCAUGUCGAAACUGCACCUCGACAGGUCGUGUCUGUGAGGGAUAUGAUGCAUAUCGACUGCCAGUGCGGCGCACCCGACGAGACGCCGGUCCAGAAGGCUUGGUGCUCACGCAAACUCCAAGCGGGCUACGUUGGAAGAUCACCUCAGAUGAGAGGCGAUGCCUUUCCUUCUUCCAGCAUCGCACCAUUCCAGACCUGGUUGGUCUUUAUGAUUCGCCUCUCUGGCAAAAGCUGGUUCUCCAAUUGAGCCAUGCGGAGCCGGUUGUGUAUCAUUCUGUCGUUGCACUUGCGGCAACUCAUCAAGCCCUGGAAGUCAACAAGAAACCCUGUUUCAAACAAAGUUCAAAAAACAUCUGGUCGCAGUUUGCACUGGAGCGGUCUAGUAAAGCUGUAGCGUUGUUGACUCAACGUCGCAUGUCGCAGGAUCCCCAGUUGCAGGAAGUGACGUUGGUUAGCUGCCUCCUGUUCCUCACUCGCGAGCUCCUCUGCGGAAAUUAUGAUGUUGCAUCUCUGCAUGUUUUAGGGGGUCUGAAAAUACUGAAGCAACUGGGUAUUCAAAGAAGAAUCUCGGGCACAUUGAUAUCGCCGGUCGAGCAAUGUGUGGUUGAAAUGUUCUUGCACCUACAGAUGCAAUCUGUGUAUUACGGGACCGGGGCGCCAUUGACAGUUGACGAUGAUUUUGUGUAUCACCAGCCAUAUGAGGAUUACUUGCUUAUUUUUCGCCGAUUACAAGAUGCGCGACAGGUGUUCGAGCCCCUUCUGAACACAGCUUUUCUCUUCGUAGCAUCCUGUCGGCAUCGGUCCGACGAAGAGCUCUUGGCAGGAUACAGCAAUUUGGAGCAGAAACAACUCCUGCUUCUUUCUUACUUCAGUCGAUACCUUGAGCAAUUUGAGCUGCUGUAUCAUGGAGCAUACAUCCUUCUCAAUCAAAGAGAGCAGCGAGAGGCAGAUAUGACCAAGCUGACUUGCCUCAGUGCUCUCUUAUCGCUCAAGACCUGUCUAUUGAGCAAGGAUCAGCUGUUCCCAGACUAUCUCACCCCAGAAUGCGAGGCACUUGUUUCAUUUGCUGAAGCCGUCGUUGGCAGACUACAAUCGCAUUCUCUGAUAACCCUAGACAGCGCCGUUAUUGCAGGUUUAUACAAUGCCUCGUACAAAUGCUCUGACUUCAGUGUCAGAGUGAGGGCAAUAGACGCCUUGCGAUCCUGGCAACACUGGGAGGGGUUUUUACAUUCUGGCAUCACCGCCGAUAUUCUCGAGGAAAGCAUGAGGGGAGACCUGUUGAAACUGAAACAGAAGCGGGAUACGACAGGACGCUGCCUACCUCCAGGCGUAUCUUUUAUAACGACACCUGAUGGACAGGGUUACGCACGUGUGCCGUAUAGGAUUGGACAGGCUGAGAGAGAACGGUGGAUAAGCAUGGAGACACCGGCUUCACUCUUUGCCGCCUUCUCAGCUAAUAAGACGUCCUCGAAAUGGGCCUGUGUUCGGUCUCUUGGUACUUGCUCACCUGCUGGCAGAUGGGCUUUUAUAUCAGAGCGGGGGUCUCACGAUGGAGAAAGCCGAGGUCGUUGGGUUCUUUUCCCUUCAUAAGGUGUAAGCACAGACCAG